CUCUGCAUGUGACACGGGAGAGCUAGAGUUGGGCGAGCUGUUGCUAGAGGAUGCCCACCUGCGAGGUGGCCUCGGAGGUUGCUUAACUCAUGACAGCGAGGUCAUGAAACGAGUGCGCACCGAGCAGAUUCAGAUGGCCGUGUCCUGCUACCUCAAGCGCCGGCAGUACGGGGACGCGGACGGCCCGCUGAAGCAAGGCCUGCGGCUGUCACAGAGCGCCGAGGAGAUGGCCACCAACCUCGCAGUCCAAUCAGAGUCUGGUUGUGCCAACAUAGUGUCUGCGGCCCCCUGCCAGGCAGAGCCCCAGCAGUAUGAAGUACAGUUCGGACGGCUGCGGAACUUCCUCACCGAUUCUGACUCCCAGCAUAGCCACGAAGUGAUGCCUCUCCUCUAUCCUCUCUUUGUCUACCUCCACCUCAACCUGGUCCAGAACAGUCCGAAGAGCACAGUGGAAAGUUUUUACAGCCGCUUCCACGGCAUGUUUCUGCAGAACGCGAGCCAGAAGGAUGUCAUCGAGCAGCUGCAGACCACUCAGACCAUCCAGGACAUCCUGUCCAACUUCCGGCUGCGGGCGUUCCUGGACCACAAGUACGUGGUCCGCCUCCAGGAAGACAGCUACAACUACCUUCUCCGCUACCUCCAGAGUGACAACAACACCGCCCUGUGCAAAGUCCUCACCUUGCACAUCCACCUGGACGUGCAGCCUGCCAAGAGGACAGACUACCAGCUCUACGCCAGCGGCAGCUCCUCCCGAAGCGAGGGCAACGGCCUGGAGCCCGCCGACGUGCCCACCCCGAUUCUGCAGAACGAGGCUGCCCUGGAGGUCCUGCAGGAGAGCAUUAAGCGCGUCAAGGACGGCCCCCCCUCCCUCACCACCAUCUGUUUCUAUGCCUUCUAUAACACGGAGCAGCUGCUGAACACUGCAGAAAUCUCCCCGGAUAGCAAGCUGCUCGCUGCCGGGUUUGACAACUCCUGUAUCAAACUGUGGAGUUUACGAUCCAAGAAGUUAAAAUCAGAACCCCAUCAAGUGGACGUGUCCCGCAUCCACUUGGCUUGUGAUAUUCUGGAGGAGGAGGACGAUGAGGACGACAGCGCGGGCACGGAGAUGAAGGUCCUGCGGGGCCACUGCGGGCCAGUGUACAGCACCAGGUUCCUCGCAGACAGCUCAGGGUUGCUCUCUUGCUCUGAAGACAUGUCCAUCAGGUACUGGGACCUCGGGAGUUUCACCAACACUGUGCUGUACCAGGGCCACGCCUACCCCGUGUGGGACCUGGACAUCAGCCCGCACAGCCUGUACUUCGCCAGUGGGUCCCACGACCGCACGGCCAGGCUCUGGUCGUUUGAUCGGACGUACCCGCUGAGAAUCUAUGCCGGACACCUGGCCGACGUGGACUGUGUCAAGUUCCACCCUAACUCCAACUACUUAGCCACGGGCUCGACCGACAAGACGGUCCGGCUGUGGAGCGCCCAGCAGGGGAACUCGGUGAGGCUCUUCACGGGCCACCGCGGCCCCGUGCUGUCUCUGGCCUUCUCUCCCAACGGUAAGUACCUGGCAUCGGCCGGCGAGGACCAGCGGUUGAAGCUGUGGGACUUGGCCUCGGGGACCCUGUACAAAGAGCUGCGAGGCCACACGGACAACAUCACCAGCCUCACCUUCAGCCCGGACAGCAGUCUGAUCGCCUCGGCGUCCAUGGACAACUCGGUGCGCGUCUGGGACAUCAGGAGCGCCCACUGCAGCGCGCCCGCCGACGGCUCGUCCAGCGAGCUGGUGGGCGUCUACACCGGCCAGACGAGCAACGUGCUCAGCGUGCAGUUCAUGGCCUGCAACCUCCUUCUGGUGACUGGAAUCACGCAAGAGAAUCAGGAGCAUUGAUUUUUUUUUCCCUCUGUCGCAACAGACUGGGGCGUGCGCAGGGGCUCCAGGUGGCAAGUCUGAGGACAGACCGCGAUGGAAUCACUGACUGUGAAAGACUCCCCCGCUCCCCCCCCCCGCUCCCCGCCCCCCCGCUCCCCUCACGGACACCCCGCCCUCACUCGUCAGCCUUCACUCAGCCCCGCAGGGUCCAGGGAUUGGGGGCGAGGAAGGGCGGCGACAGGGAACCUGAGAUCAAGAAUCACAAAUAUCCCACUGUGUCCCUGCGCGAGCCCCUCCCUGUCUCUGCUCGUCUUCCGAGGAGCCAAGAUGCUGCUUGCCUCCCCGCCUCCCCGCCUCCCCGCCUCCCCGGCGCUGCAUUUGGUCCAAGGACGUUUGCUCCCACUGGGAGCAGUGCUGCGGGGCCACCGGGUGGAAGGGACUUUAUCCGGGAGGAAGGCGUGGGUGGGCACUAGGAAAGGGGGCAGGGUAAUCCUGGCAACACGUCUUUCCUUUCCCGUAAUUACAGAGAACCAGGAUUUUUUUAUUAUUGUUAUUAUAAUUAUAAUAAUUAUUAUUAUUGAGAAGAGGAAACCUAGCACUGGCAGAGGGGGCCUUCUCUGCUCUCAUCUUUCAGGUUUUACUCCUGGCACUGGCUGUGAUACUUGGAAUUUUGAGGUUCAGGGAAUUCAGAGAAUUUGGUAGCACAGUGUAUGGGAGAAAGGGAAAAUUUCUGGGUGACAGAUCAAUCACUCUGGCUGACACGUUUCUCGAAGUGGGUGGGUGGAUCUGAUUGAGAAAGUCUUGGGCUCUCGCAGUGAUGGUGGGAAAGAAAGACUCUUUUCAUGACUGCAUUUCUCUUAACAGUUCUCUCCCCUGGAAGGACAGAUUGUGGUAAAGAAAUGAAAAUAACUUGAAGUGAAAAGUCAAAAGGUAGAAUUAAAAAAUGUUGAAUUUUCAAAUGAUUCAGAGGUGUGGCUUUUCCAGUGUUGCUCUCCUGAGAUCGUCCCUCCCACCUCCUGCUUCGCAAUAGCAGUUUAAUGAACACUCUGUGAAACGAAUCUUAAGUACGUACACGCGCAGACAGACUAUGCUCUGAGGAUAAAGCAACUUCUAAUUUGUGGGAAAAGAAUUAAAUAUUUCUGUUUUCUGAAAAGAGUUAUUUUGUAUUUUGUUUUCUAUUAAAAUGUAUUUAGUUUCCAAAAAAAAAAAGUGUUUUGGCAUCUCUUUUAAACUGAGGACAGGCGGGUGUGUGGGCUGCUCUAGAGUGACACGCGGCUCCCCGCUCUUCAGGAUGACAGCCGGUUAUGUAGGCCGGACACGCCCAGGGAGGGCCUCCCAUCUCUUGUACUCUGCUCAGCCUGCUUCAAAUCGUGAUUCCUCUUGACAUUCACGUGGAGUCACAAUAGCACCGAAUACUUUUUAUACCUCCAGGAUCGCCAGCUGCUGACCAGAGACAACAUGUAUUUCCCUAUCUGGAGUUACUCAGUGAGAUUCUAUUUCCAGCUUUUCUUUGAAGACCCCCUUAUGAAAUCUCCCAUGGGCAUAAAAACAGUGCUGUUUAAUUAACUCAGACUAUUUAUUGAACAAUUCCAGGUAAAGGCCUCAUUUCAAAGAUUUAAAUGAUGUAAGAAUUUUUUAAAUGUAUUUUCAAACAUAAUUUUCAGGAAAGGACACCAAGAAGUAUCAGGAAACUAAAUAGGAAGACUAGAGUUCUAUGCCAAAAUUUUUUUUUUAUUUGCACCUAAGGUACUAAUUAACAGGAAAUGUUUCUUAUUCAUAAAAAUCCAUAUAGUUGAGACAUUAUAAGGACUCUUUGGCAGCUUAGUCACACAGCAUCACCUUUCACACGGUCUGCAGGUGAAGCCUGAAAGUGUGUUCUUAUCUGUAAUAAGUGAACUCUUACGUUUGAUUUUGUGGAAUAUUGCCAGAAACAAUCUCUAAAUAGGGCUGAAUCUUUCUCAAGUGAAAAUAUCACUGAUUUGGGGUGAUUUGGGGAAGUUUUUAUGUUUGUCUUUUAACGCAGAAUUUCUUUGAUUAAACACAAAAAUGUAUUAAGUUGGUCAAUCUCAUACUACCAGUCAAAUAUAAUAUAUAUGCUUUGUGAUUUCAGUUCAGGCUCUUAAUAAUCUGCAUAUUUGACCUUUUUCUUCUGUGAACUAAUUUUAAUCUGGGGUAAUUUAACUUUUUAGAAUGCCCCUCACAACUUCCCGAAAGUCUUAGAAGCGUUUUAAGGGGCAUGUAUGUCUGUGUCCACAAGGGUGCGGAAGAACACGAUCACAGUCUACAGUGUGCUUUCUUGCAUUGUUUUAUUUUACCUUCAGGGCAGUCCUGUGAGGCAGGACUAGAGCUAUUACCAUUUUGUAGAUGAAAUAACUAAAAUACCCAGAAAAGCCAUGUUAUCUGUCUGUACCCACCAUGGACUAGUCUCAAGUCUUGAAUGUGUUACAUAAAGGGCAUAUAUUCAGUAUCCUCAAGUUCCAGCUGGAGGGUAUAACCCUAAAGAUAGAAAAACUUGAAA